CGCUCGUGGGUCACUCGCUCACUCACUCACUCACGCUCGUGGACAUUAGACUCGCCGUGAAUACAGACAAGCAAACGAGCGGAACACGAGCUUGGAGGCUCCGCCCUCCCCCUCUCGUUUGCAAGCAAGAGAUGCAAGAACUCGGUUCGAAUGAAGAAUUAAUCCCCAAUUCUACCCUUCUCUUGCUGCUCUUCUUCCCCCAUAGCCUUUCCACACCUUCAGUUCCCGCCUUUUUACUAAUUAUGAAGAUCACCCUUUUUAGAUUCGGAAUUAUGAUGUGGAGUCCAAUGGAUUGAAGUUGUUGUCGUGCUCCUGUGCGUGGAAGACGGAUGAAAGCUUUGUGGGUUGCUGGGAAUCUUGAUCGACCCUCGAGCCUUGGGUCUUGAGAGGGGAAUUCCGGCAAGGGCUUGGGAUGAUUACGCCCUCUUUCACCUCUCUCCCUUUUUCUUCCGGACGUUCGUACAAUCGCUCGGCUCUUCCUGUCGGCCCGGAAUUUGUGUCUCAAGUGGCACCUGCUCAUCGAAGGUUGUUGUUGGAUUGUCGCGCUGUGUGCUCCAGUUUUGAAGGUUUAGUGCUACUGGAGCUGAAAGAGAAGCUUGUGAGAUGAUGGAUGGAUGGGUGGAUGGAUGGAGUGCUUUACACCUAGUGUGCACGAUAGGAUUGUGCAAGAGGUGAGUGUUUUAGCAUGCGCCACCUGAUCGUUGUGAUUGAUAAUGGCGGGAAAGUCGAUCAAACCGAUCGACAAGGCGGCGAUUCAUCGAAUUUGCUCGGGUCAGGUGGUUCUCGACCUGGCCACGGCAGUCAAGGAGCUGGUGGAGAACAGUCUGGACGCGGGUUCGACCAGCAUUGAGAUCCGCCUCAAAGAUUACGGAGCAGAGCUCAUCGAAGUCGCUGACAACGGAUCAGGGGUUUCUAGCGACAAUUAUCAGGGUUUGACUCUGAAAUACCACACUUCCAAGAUAUCGGAGUUCGCUGAUCUGCAGUCGCUGUCCUCGUUUGGAUUCCGUGGCGAAGCUCUCAGCUCUCUGUGUGCAUUGGCGGACGUGAGCAUCGUCACCAGAACCAAAGAUGAAGCAAUUGCCACUCGCCUGGUGUACGAUCACUCCGGGGUUAUUGUGUCACAGGAGAAGCUGGCCCGUGCUAUCGGUACCACCGUCUCAGUCUCGAAGCUUUUUGCAACUCUGCCGGUCCGGCACAAGGAAUUCAAUCGCAACAUCAGGCGAGAGUACGGUCGCCUCUUGACAAUCUUGCAAGCUUAUGCUUUGAUAGGAAGAGGUAUCAAGCUUCUAUGCAGCAACCAAGCAGGUCGGGGCGGGCGAACCACGGUUGUACAAACGCAGGGCAACGCAUGCAUAAAGGAUAAUAUCGUGACCAUAUUCGGAACCAAGACAGCUGCUUCCAUGGAGUGGCUGGAUCUCUCUGUAUCCGAAAACUGCUACGUCGAAGGGUUUGUGUCCAAACCGGGUGCGGGGUGUGGUCGUGCUUCGGGAGAUCGCCAGUUUUUUUACGUAAACGGUCGACCCGUGGACAUGCCCAAAGUCGCCAAAUUGCUGAACGAGUUGUACAGAUCAUUCAACUCUCUGCAGUAUCCGAUGCUGGUGCUCAACUUCAUUCUUCCAACCACAUCGUACGAUGUGAAUGUUACACCUGACAAGCGCAAGGUUUUUCUGCAUUCAGAAGGUGAACUCAUGCUGGCAUUAAGAGAGGCUUUGGAGAAAGUUUAUUCUCCUAAUAAGUACACGUACUCUGUGAAUAAGCUGGAUGAUGUAACAUUCUCCGAACGUGUUGUCUCUACAUCGAAGUUAACCAUGGCCGCAAGUGGACAGGGAUGUGCUUAUCAGGAGUCAAAUGUUGGCGGGAGUUCCUCGGACGCUGAUGAGGAGGAAGGAAACGAGGAAAACUCUGCCAGUCGUUUGAAGGAAGGAAACCAAAAAGGGAACACGAGUUCCUCGCGUAGAUCCCCGGUUGACAUUCUUUCUUUCCAACGCAAAUCUUCAUCCGAUUUGAACAAGAAGCUAUCGGAAGUUGGAGCAAGUGCUGUGUGUUCCAGAGGGAAUCUCUCGGUAGCACAGACAACUAGAAAAGUUCAAACAACACUAACUGCUUGCACAUCUAAAAGGAAACGAGAUCCUGUCGCUAGCGAACUUGUGUCGAGUGAACUGCCUCUUUUGAAGAAGUGGGCUAAAGGAGAUGCAACAGGUAGAAGAACCAAUUCGCUUUUGAACGAGGAGGACUCGAACGCCCGUGACUUUGAACAUGAUAGCGACGGUUCUAUAGAGGAGGUUCCGCUGGACUCGAAUAGACGCCGCAAACAAAGUAAUCCAAAUCAUAUUUCAGAGAGUAAUCUCUCUUCUACGGGGGUCGUGGACAUCGGCAGUGUGCCUGUAACUAGCACAAAGAGACGAGGGAAAACAACAUCAGAAUUCCCCAUAAUGCUCCCCAAAGACUACAGUACGAAAGCGAAGCUUUCCAUCGACGAUGACGUGGAAGAGUCUUCCAGGCCUGAACUUGAUGAAAAUAACCACAGGGAAGGGCCUCGCGACACUCCAGGACCUGGCUCAGAACCUAAAUCUGGAAAACAUAUGUCUUUGAAGACGACAAAUUAUGAAGAUAUCCAUCCCCGAGUUUCAGCGAUCACCGCGCCUUCUAAGUCUGACUCGCGCAAACAUUCGGCGACUGCAAAUAUCGACCUUGUAGCCAAAGGGUUGGCAGACAUGAGGAAUAUGUUAGCAGGAUCAAGAUUAUUAUCUAGGCCUUCAAAUAGUCGUGUCACAGGUAGCAAGGCAGAUCAGCAGAAGGAUGAAUUGGUGGCGGCAAUAUUAUUAGGAUCAGAUGUGGAAACAGAAAAUAACACUCAUAAUUGUCACGAAGGAGAACCUGAAUGCAGCAAAACUUCGACGCGCAUACUAUCCGAAUGCGCUAUGGAAGCCGAGGGCGGAAACAAUGUCCCAGAUCAUGAAGAAGAGGUGGAACCGUCUGGUUCAAUCUUAACCGUCCCGUUCAACAUAGAAAAUCUGCGUAAAAACUUCGAGCAAAGUUUACUUCUUCGAAAUAUCAAGAAGGAUAUGACUGUAAGACAAGAGCUACCAAAGACGACCAGUUGUUUCAAUGCUGCAACAUUGGCCUCUUGCGGCGUCCAAAAUGAAGGUAGAGAGAAAGAAGCAUUAUUAGCAGCGGCUACAUCCGAGCUUGAACGAAGUUUUAACAAAGCGGACUUCAAGCGCAUGCAGGUGUUGGGACAGUUCAACUUGGGCUUCAUAUUGGCCAAGAUAGAUGGAAACAUCUUCAUUGUUGAUCAGCAUGCCUCGGAUGAGAAGUACAAUUUCGAGCGACUAACAAAGAAUACCGUGCUAAACCGGCAGCCUCUUCUCAGGCCACUACCCAUGGAGCUAUCUGCAGCGGAUGAAAUCAUCGUAACGACACACAUGGAGAUAUUCAGGAAAAACGGUUUUGACUUUUUAGAAGUUGAAGAUGCGCCAACUGGUCAGAGGCUGCGGUUGUCAGCAGUGCCGUUUAGUCAGAAUGUCACUUUCGGUAUUGGAGAUGUUCAGGAGCUAAUUUCACUUCUUGCCGAAGAGCCAGUUAUGUCAUUCAAGCCUUGCCCUGGUCUAAGUGGAGCGUCAGGUAAUGCUGAUGAUGAUAGUUUGGGACAAACAAUGCCACUUAAAUGGUUACCGCGACCUUCGCGGGUAAGGGCAAUGCUGGCCUCACGAGCCUGCAGAUCAUCCAUCAUGAUUGGUGAUUCUCUCAGCAGGAAAGAAAUGGAGCGGAUUUUGUUACAUCUAGCAGAGUUGGAUUCUCCUUGGAAUUGUCCUCAUGGCCGACCAACGAUGCGCCACUUAGUGGAUUUGAGUUCAGUAGGCAAACGAUGAAUACCGGCUCUAUACAGGUCCACUUUAAUUCUGUCCGGAUGUGUGUGAAUGAGUUUUGUCUUUUUGCUUAUACAUGCAUGAAAGGUUGCCAGUCCUGUAAAUUUGAGCGUCAAUACUCUUUUAUGUGUGAACAAGUGUAAUAUUUUGAAUAUUUCACAGUGAACUCUGAAGACGGAAGUCAGGUAUACGAUAUGGAGAUGCCUCGGAAUUGGUUAUCUCUUCAGAUUUGAAGAGCUAGCCGCACUUUAGAUGACGCAACGUACUGUUCAAUACGACGUCGUAACAAAUUUGGACAGAGACUGUGGGCGUCUUUUUCUAAACUGCUGUUGAACUCCAUUCGAAAUAUUGGUCGAAAGCCAGUAUUAUGAAUACAGCUCUAUUCCAUCUCAUCCGGGGCGUGGUAAAUUUGGACAAGUUACGUCAUAUGUGUACGUUUAUUUUCGAAGACUUCUAUCUUACGCUUAAAUGAAGACGCAACAGACCUCUACAUUAUGAUAUGGGGAACUCUGAACAACUCUGAAGAAAUCAAGCUGAAAGCAAAGACCUGUAGAGACAUGGCUGAAGAGCCGGAGGCGGCAAAUGCGCUCUCGCUGUCUGGUGGGACCACAGUAGACACGAGUGUGUAUUCCAACUCAAGAGAAGCAUCGGGUCGCGUGUUGUAACGCCCAUCAAACAGCGUGGAGGUGAGAUUUUCACCAUGCAGAUCGGAUCUCCAUGUGAGGAAAGUGGAUAAUCGGAGCCAGUUUUAUCCAGGCCUUAAAUUGAGUACUGCUGCUUGACUUGCACAAGUCUAGAUGUGCUUGCGAAGUGCACGAACCCGAAUCUUCCACGAACUGCUGUAUGCCUCAGGAAAGAGAAUUGUUGCAAGGCAGACUUCUUGAUACGUUUUCAAG